CUAAUAUUUUAACAUUUUCCGGACCGUUGUAUUUCCGGACCGUUGUAUUGUCCAAUUAACGAAUUACGGAGAUAAAACCUUCAAAUUCGUUUAAACGUAUAAAGUGAAUGUUAUAAUUUUAGUUCUUUAUCGUUAAAUGAGAGAUUUAACGGCUUGCUACAUGGAGAGGUCUGUGUUCAGUUAGCAUCCAGUUUAGCCUAGCUGUGAAUAUCCCGAAUUUACGUCUCCAUGGUAUUUGUACCUCAGAAGCAGCCAUGGACUGUAUUCAAGUGACUCUUACUGUUCGGGGAACUACAUUGUUUGGUGAAGUAAUAGCAGUAGUUGGAAGCUGUGAGACGCUAGGCAGUUGGUGCUAUCAAAAAGCACUGCCUCUACAACCCACAGAAGGGGAUGGCAAUGUUUGGAAAAUAUCCAUCACAGUUUCAAAGGGAGUAGAAAUCAAGUAUCGCUAUUUUAAGGGGUUCUUCCUGGAAACGAAGAUGCCAACCAACUGUGGCUGGGUGGCUGAGAAAGUGAAUGCAGGUGGUCCAAGUCAAGUCAUAAUCAAUAAUUGGGAGACCCAUCAUCAGCCUCGGUCAUUGAGUUCCUCAGAAUUGAAUAUUGAAAUUGAUGAUGGCCUGUUUGGAUUCUCUAAUGGUGUUGAAUGUUUGGACUCUGGCUGGUUGACAUGUCAGACAGAGAUCCGUCUACGUCUUCAUUACUCUGUUAAGCCACCAGUGUCUAUUACUAAGAAGAAAUACAAGACAUCCCGCUUUAGACUUAAAUUGCUGGAAGGUAUUGAAUUGGAGGAGGAUGAUGAGAGCCCUUCAUCAUGGCACAAGAUGACCACCACACUAGAGAUUAGUAUGAUCAGUGACAGUGGCUAUAAGUCACGUCACUCCCAGCCAGAAUGUGGCUAUGCCCUGGAGCCAGCGAAAUGGACUGAGUACAGCAUUCACACAUUGGAACCUGACAACCUGGAGCUUGUGUUUGAGUUUUUCGAGGAGGACCUAAGUGAAAAAGUCGUUCAGGAUGAUGUCCACCCAGGACACGUUGGCACCGCUUGCCUCUUAUCUUCUUCCUUUCUGGAAAGUGGCAAAGAUAUUGGAGUGGUUACCCUCCCAAUUAUGAGCAGAAGUUCUAGGCAGACAAUUGGCAAAGUCAGAGUGGACUACCUGGUUAUUCGGCCUAUCGCAGGCUUUAAUUGUGACAUGAGCCAGUGCUACACUAAGUACUGGCGGAAGAGGAGUGCUCUGGAUGUGGGCCACAGAGGAGCAGGGAGCACACAUGCUGCCAAACAUCACAAGAUCAGGGAAAACACAAUUGCCUCAUUUCUAAGUGCUGCUAAUCAUGGUGCUGCCUACGUGGAGUUUGAUGUCCAUCUGUCCAAGGACUUGGUUCCAAUUGUGUACCAUGAUCUUACAUGCUGUAUUUCCACUAAGAAGAAAAAUGAUAAAGAUUCUAUGGUGUUGUUUGAAGUUCCUGUGAAAGAUCUGACAUUUGACCAGCUUCAACUUCUUAAACUUGCCCACUCUACAGCUAUGAAGGUGCAUGAUCAUAAAGAUUUACAGGAUGAGGAGGAAUAUAUAGAUGAACAUCAGCCAUUUCCUUCACUUUCUCAGAUCUUUCAGACUGUUCCAGACAACGUAGGAUUUAAUAUUGAGCUGAAGUGGAUAUCCCAGAUGAAGGAUGGCUCUUGGGAUGGAAACUUGUCCACUUACUUCAACAUGAACCAGUUCCUGGAUGUCAUCCUCACCUGUGUACUCCAGAAUGCUGGAAAGAGAAGGAUCGUCUUCUCUUGUUUUGACCCUGAUGUGUGUGCAAUGGUGCGCCGGAAGCAGAAUAAAUAUCCCAUCCUGUUCCUGACACAGGGUGUGUCAGAAGUCUACCCUCAGCUAAUGGAUAUACGCUGUCAGACCACACAGAUUGCUAUGAGCUUUGCUCAGAGUGAGAACAUACUGGGUAUCAGUGCUCACGCUGAGGAUCUACUGCGCAACAUGGACUGUAUUACAGAGGCCCAGUCUAAAGGCCUGGUGGUCUUUUGCUGGGGAGAUGACAACAAUGACCAUGAGAACAGGAUGAUACUCAGGGAGAGAGGCAUUGAUGGCCUCAUUUAUGACAGAAUCUGUGAGGACCUAACUGAGCAGUCCAACAUCUUUAAAGUGGAAGAACAGGUAUCAAUAAAAGAGGUGAUUUCUGAGGAGACGCUGAAGAGUUGUGCCUGCUCCACGUAUAGUAUUUCCUGCUCAGAUGUGCCUUGCUCAGGUGAGGUUCGUGCAGGUAGCAGUGAGUCGGACUCAGGACUCAGCUCAUCAUGAACUCCAGCCUUUAUAGCAAAGUUAAUCACAUACCUUCUGCCUAGGUGGUUUUCACCUUCACAAUGUUUUGCCAAAUGUUGACUGAUUUAAAUGGUAUAUGCUUGAGAUAUAAUUUUAGUAAAGUGU